AAAUAAAACACACACACAGCGGUUAGCCUGACACAAACACAAGCCAAAAUCAAGCUAACACGCCAAAACCUCCAAGUCAUCACGACAAUCACUCAUCACAAUAUAUGAGGUCAAGUUACUUGUCAACUUGACCUCUCACUUGCGCAUCUAGAACACGUGAUUUCAGUUGCUUCAGGCUCCUUGUUUGAGCGACAGCACACUGGCCGUGAGAGCAGAGACCGCCACGCAAGGAUCAGCCGCUUUAUUUUUAAGCUAUGUCACAUCCAAUGUUUGAUGCUAAUUGAAGCAUGAUUAAUAACAAAAUAAAUUACAUAAUCCCAAGACUGAUUCGCGAGACGAAUCUAAACCUAAUUAGUCUAUGAUUAACCCAUGUGAUGCUACAGUAAACAUAUGCUAAUUAUAAAUUAAUUAAACUUAAUAAAUUCGUCUGGUGAAUAAACCUUGGACUUAAGCUGUUAGUUUUAUAAUUAGUUUAUAUUUAAUUUUUCUAAUUGGCAUUGGAACAUUUGAUCAGUCUCAAUAGGGGGUUUCACGAAGGAUUUUAUGGUAUUAAAUAUUAUUAAUUUUGCUGAUAUGACAAGAAGAGAUAAAAUUUUAUGGGAUGUGAGAGAAUUUCAUCACCAUAAAACUCAUCUAGCACGAUUACCUGGUUCCCACCUUUCCGGUCUAGAUAACUCUGUCAUAAUACUGUGCAUUGCGACGGGAUGUCAUAGGAUUUUAAAUUAUUUGAUCCAAACACCCACGGCCGGAGAAAAGCGUACUAGCUUGUGUUCACUUCGACUCUUGACUACGGUGGUUUCUAAAAGGCCAAAACAGAGCCGACUGGGUCCCUUUUGUUUACUAGUGCGGCAGACUUUCUAAUUGCUGACCACACCGGCACGUUGAACACAAAACCUUCUAGCGAGGAUUCAUUAUUCAUAGAGGAAAUACGGAUCCAGUCAUCCAGAACCAAGACCGAGGACCUUUCUUCCAUGGACGGCAGCCAAUGAAAACCACGCGGGUGUGCACGCAAGGACGCGGGAGGCGCCACCACCUGACUUCGCCGAGGGAGUAAUUGGCAUCUUGCGAGAUCCAGCAGCUGGUCACGGUCGGCCACGCGCUCUUCCCAUCGCUUCGCCGCCAUCUCCCUCUCGUCCGCCACCCCCAGGUCGGCCUUCUGAGAAAGUCUCCUCGACCAGGGGCCUGGCAGCCUUAUUAACGGAGGCGGGGCGGCCACCAGACCAAGAAGAUAGGAAAAGUAACCUGUUCGGCCAUGGAUCUCUUGCUACACCGCCGCCUGCCGCCGCUCCUCCUCGCCGUCUUGGUCGCCGCCUCCCAUGGCGUUCCUUCCAGCGGGGACGACGGCGGCUACGACGCCUCCUUGUGCGUGUGGGAGCCCUACACCUGCGGCAACGUCAUCAUCAGGUACCCGUUCUACAGCAGGCCGGGAGCUCUGCUGGGGAACACCAGCUCGUACUGCGGCUACCCCGGCCUGGAGAUCCAGUGCGAGGACGGGAAGGCGUUCCUGGAGCUCGAGAGCGGCAACUACACCGUCUCGAGCAUCGACUACGACAACCUCACAGUCCAGCUCGUCGAUCCCGAGGUCGUCGACGGGAGGAGCUGCCCCUGGACCGACCACAACGUGACGUUUCGGAGCUUCGAAUGGUUCUACUAUCCCAACACCACGGUCGACCUCCUCUUCUUCCUCAAUUGCAACUUCCUCUCCUCCGACUUGACUCGGCCGUCAAACUCCAGCUCCACCGCCUGCAAAUUCGAUGGCGGCGGGCAGCAGCCGUGGCUUGGGAUGUCCUUCGUGUUCUUGGAGCAAGACGUGCCGUUUCGGGAGACGAACUGGUGGCGGUACUGCAGCGUAGUUAUUGAAGUACCCGUGCUCAGAUUUGGUCUCCCUCUUGAUCCACAAAAUGAUCGUACAUGGAAGGACGGUGGGUACAGCAGCAGCCUUCGUGACGGAUUCCAGUUGGCGUUGAAUCAGAGUCAGAAGCUCCCGGCGUGUGACCAGUGCGAGCUAUCGAAGGGGCGGUGCGGGUACAACCAGACGGGGGGAUUCAUGGCCUGCUUAUGCUCCGGCGGCCGAGUCAGCGCUGCUAACAAUUGCACCGCCGAACCUUCCGGAGGAUCAAAAGCGCAAAAAGGAGUGAUUAUUGGCGUCUCGACUGCUGCUGGUCUUGCCGUGCUUGCUGCUGCUGCUGCCGCAGGUUUGUUCAUCAUGUGCAAGAGGAAGAAGAAGAACGUGAUCAACUCGUCCUCGAAGCUCCUCAAGUACAGCGGCUCUGGCGGGACCCCGCGUGCCCGGGUCGGCGACAUGGAGUCCGGCUGCAUCGAGGACCCACCGACGCACCUCUUCACCUACGAGGAGCUCGAGGAGGCCACCAAUUCCUUCGAUGAGCACCGAGAGCUCGGUGAUGGCGGCUUCGGCACCGUCUACAAAGGGUACCUCAAGGACGGGCGCGUGGUGGCGGUGAAGCGGCUGUACAACAACAGCUACCGGCGCGUGGAGCAGUUCCAGAACGAGGCGGGCAUCCUGUCCGGGCUGCGCCACCCGAACCUGGUCAUGUUCUACGGCUGCACGCCCUGCUCGAGCCGCGAGCUCCUCCUGGUGUACGAGUUCGUCGCCAACGGCACGGUCGCCGACCACCUGCACGGGCACCGCGCCCCGGAGCGCGCGCUGUCGUGGCCGCUCCGCCUCAGCAUCGCCGUCGAGUCCGCCGCGGCGCUCUCCUACCUCCACGCCAUCGAGCCCCCCGUCGUGCACCGCGACGUCAAGACCACCAACAUCCUCCUCGACGCCGACUUCCACGUCAAGGUCGCCGACUUCGGCCUCUCCCGCCUCUUCCCCCUCGACGUCACGCACGUCUCCACCGCGCCCCAGGGCACGCCAGGGUACGUGGAUCCAGAGUACCACCAGUGCUACCAGCUGACGGACAAGAGCGACGUGUACAGCUUCGGGGUGGUCCUGGUGGAGCUCAUCUCGUCGAAGCCCGCCGUGGACAUCACCCGGCACCGCAACGAGAUCAACCUAGCCGGCAUGGCCAUCAGCAAGAUCCAGAACUGCCACCUCGAGCAGCUGGUGGACCUCGACCUGGGCUACGAGGCCGACCCGGCGACGAAGAAGAUGAUGACCAUGGUCGCCGAGCUGGCCUUCCGCUGCCUGCAGCAGAACGGUGAGAUGCGCCCACCGAUGAAGGAGGUGCUCGAGGUGCUCAGGAGCGUCCAGGGCGAGUGCCCGGCGGAGAAGGAUGGGGACAAGCACAAGGACGGGCCCUUCUCCCCCACCACGGUUCACGCCCCGUGGGACAGCAGGGCCACGACGCCCAACACCAGCAGGGAUUAGAUUAGUGCUCGAGAAGCUGAUCGAGAUUUAUCUGUAUUUGUUGCCGCUGCUGCAUAGAGAUGCGCUUGUUGUGUGAGGCAUGCCAGAUUACCUGUCCCUUUGGCUUUCAGGGCUCGUAGUUUCUGGUGAUGUAGAUAUUUGUUUGUUUUGUUGGCACCGUCAGGACAGAGGGAAUGUACAUAUAUGUAAGAGUGGUGAAUGGCACUUAUAGUUAAUUAGUUAUAUGAGUACUGGACAUAUGUCAUAUCUGACAAGGCUGACCCCUUUUAUUUCUCUUCUUUCUUUCUUUUUA